UAUAGUCUGUCCAGCUCGAUCAGAGACAAAAUCGAGUAUUCCGAGGAACUCAAGAGAUCGUGGCUGUAUCUAUUUUGCGCGCGAUGUCACGGCCUCGACGACACGCCAUCGUGGGAGCCACCGGGAUGGAGGAAAGCAUGCCCACAGCCAUUCUGUCCAACGUACAGGAAAUUCGCUCGAAUUGUGUGCCUCUUUCUUUUGGGUCUGUUGCUCUGGGGUGUCAUCUAUUCGAUAAUCGGUAAUGACGCCGCCCCAGGUGGCCAGCUGUUCGGAUUGGCCGCUGUGUGCAUUGCCGCGCAUUUCGGAGGUUGGUUGUUCUCUUUGACCACCCUUCCGGCCUUGAUUGGUAUGCUGAUUACUGGUUUAAUAUUGCAAAAUGUCGGGCUCGUCAAGAUCGAAGGACAAUACACAUUGGUGGUCUCUAAU